GUCUGCGAAUGGAGAUGACUCAUAUGAAGUAAGACACGGUGGUGGUCGUGGUGGCCAUGACCGCGCCACACUUCCCGAAGGUGCGGAGGGGAGCGACAGUGGCUUACCGCGAACUGUAUUCAAUCGAGCGGGUGUAGCUCCUGACAUUGACCCACUUGGGACGAGUGACGAUGAUAGGGGUAUGUUAGUUCAGAAUGC